ACUGCAGCAGCAAUCGCUGUCGACGUCAGCGUCAACGUCAACGCUACUUGCAAAUCGCAUGUUCUUCUUUGGCCACUACUCAUUUGGGGUUGUUGUUGUUGUGUCGGCUAUAAAAUCUGUGCCUGCUGCGCUGCCGGCUGCUCAGCUGCUGAGUUGGCUUUUCCUAGUUUUGUCAUUCCAUGUUUUUAUCAGCUGCCGCUGCCACUGCCACUGCUGCUGUGCUGCUACGUGGGUGAACGGUAGGAAAAAAAGCUUUAUUCGAUUCCUCUUCUCACAUUCGUGUGUUAUUUUUGUUGCUCUCAGCAAAAACAAAAGAAGCAGAGUGAAGAAUAACUUUAUCAAAAAAUUAAGAGAAAUAUGCCAAGCAGCUGCCCCCGUUGGGCAUAACUCAAUAAUCACAUCAAAUGUCUCAGCUGCAACACCAACAGCAACAGCAGCAGCAACAGCAGCAUCAGCAGCCGCAGCAACAUCAGUGGCAACACCUUCGCCGUGUCUGUGGCAGAGGUGUGUCCACCUUGGACGUGAAUGCGGCUCCUUCUUGCCCAGCUGCGCGCCAUUUAAGUCGCUGACAAGUGUUUUGCCGGCAUCUCCGGAAUGCGUCCGACUCGCAGCAGCAGCGCCGCAAAAACUGGCAGCCAACAUUGCUACCAAUUAUGCGAUAAGCAGCCGCUACCUUUCGACCAACUCGGCGACGCACUUUAAGCCAACCGCCAACGGCCAACGGCCAACGGCUAGUGGCCAACUUUACUUUUAAGCCCCAGCCAGCACUACGCAAAGCAGAGCGCAAAAAUUGUGAGUGCAAUGAAUAAAAUACUACACUCAAAUAUUCAUUCUGUGAAUAGGCGGCAGCCCGAUGCAUUAAAUAGACGAAUCUAGAAUACUCUAACUCAAAUGUGACAUUGAGAAACUAA